AUGACGGUUUGCUGCUGGCUGGAUGGUGUUGGGUUGGUGUUGGUGACGCUGUUGAUGGUGGUGGUGCUGUUGGUGGCGGUGAUGCUGUCGCUGGAGAUGACGCUGUUGGUGUUUGCGAUGGUCACGGCGCUUUUCCAAGAGGACCCGGCCACCAGAAACUGUACGUACCGGCCGGAGAAGCACGGCGGCGGCCGCUAUGUGGACGACCCCCGGCGCUGGGAGCUGCGCGAGUCCGUGCCCGGAGAGCCCGGCACUGACUACCCCGUCUACAGCACCAUCCCGAGCACCGCCUUCUCCUGCCAGGGGCGCUCCGAAGGGUACCACGCCGACCCGGAGACGCGCUGCCAGGUGUUCCACGUGUGUGCGGGUCCGUCGCCGGUGCCCAAGUCGUCAGCGCUGUGUCCCAACGGGUCGGUGUUCAACCAGGACAUCGGCACCUGCGACUGGUGGAACAACGUCGACUGCCCCGGCUCCGCCGUCUUCCGCGCUGGCAGCCCGCACCUGCCCAUACCGGAGUACUCGGGCAACCUCGUCCUGCCGCAGGCCGCGCGGCUGGUCGGCCGCCCCCUGGCCAAGCUGAGCACAUCCCCGGCGCCGUCGAGCCGCCCCACCGCAGAGGCCGCCGUCUCCGACUUCCCUCCUCCAGCACAGGACACUUCCGCAGCUGAGGCCGCGCGGCUGGUCGGCCGCCCCCUGGCCAAGCUGAGCACAUCCCCGGCGCCGUCGAGCCGCCCCACCGCAGAGGCCGCCGUCUCCGACUUCCCUCCUCCAGCACAGGACACUUCCGCAGCUGAGGACAAAGAAGGAAGUCUGGUGCUGGCGGCGGGUCUGGAACCGCCGUUGGAAAGUGACCCGAGCCUCCAGAAGCUGGAUGCGCCGCCUCCGGCGACCAAGCUGAAGGCCUUCUCCAGUAGCUUCAGACACACUGACGGAUAUUUGCCUCCAGGUGUGGCUCGUGGCGCCGAAGUGAUCAUCCCGACACCCGGAAGCAGUGCGGGCAGUACUGUGAGAAUGAGUCCAACGGUUUCGCAGAAGAUUGGUGCCCCUGCCCUUUCGUUUGGACCUGUAUCGACGUCCACCACGCCGCGCCCUGUGACUCUGACAGAGGGGCCAUCACCGCUGUCGGAAUUAGGCUCUAGUACCGCCUCUCCACAGCCAGACAACUACGUCUCUUCGACACCGAGCCCAGUUCCCUCAGAAUCACCACGCCCGACGCUGGACUACACUGCUUACCCGCCGUCUACAGCGUUCUCAGUGAGCUCAUCUGGGGACGUGGCACUCGUUUCGUCCACGCCGAGCCCACUGCCAGUUACGAACGCCGUCACCGUGGAAACAUUUGUACCAUCAUCCACCCCAGCACCGGGCUUCUACACAGCAACGGUUCCUCCUUUGGCGCUGACCACAGUUUCUGGCGGGGCACCAGGAUUCACACAGACUGUCGUCUCUUCUACACCAUACCCCUUAUCUAACGAAUCUCCAGAAUUCCCACAAGAAUUACGCAUUUCCUCUUCCGCGCAGAGACUGGGCGAUAUACUGCUGUCUUCAACUCCAGCUCCCCCUGCAGCAAUAUACUACACAGAGACUGGAACAACUGGAGGCGAAACCGUAGACAGUGGACGUGUAGUAGUCUCGGCAAAGCCGACGACAGCCAGUGAUAUUAUCUUGGGUGAUUUGCAACUGUCUUCAACUCCAGCUCCACUGUCUUCAACUCCAGCUCCACCUUUAUCAAAUUACUUCUCAGGGGCUGGUACAACUGGGACUGGAAUCGUAGACAGCACUCCUGUUGCAGUCUCCACAACAUCGACGACAGUUGGGGAUGCAGUAUUCAAUGUGGCGCCUAUCGCACGCGGGGAACCAUCUACUGUUCUGACUGAUCUACUAGCGAUCAACGGCGCGACACAGUCGACGGCAGCUCCGAAACAGUACUCGAGCCCCUUGCCGCCACCACUCGCUAUACUAGGCCGUGACAGAGUAUCUCCACUAAACCGCUUCGUGUCAUUCCGGCCAUCGCCAUCCGUCAGCGACCUUCUGCUACCUGCUAAUUUCGUCUCCUCAUCGCCGUCACCAUUUUCGCUAGAAGCGACAUCUGCAGCUUUCCCUGGGAGCAACGAGCAGCCCGUGACGACCCCCGCUACGUUGAUCUACGCCGAACACUCGGUGCCAACAUCAUCGCCUAGCUCGUCGCCACAGACGGACCAGCUUCCAUCUUUGCCUGUAGCGUCAGAGCUCAAAUUCUCGCCCUCCCAGGCGGAUACGUCUGGACCGAAUAGUUUACCCUCAGCACUGUCUAGAUUCAGGUACGGAGAGAAACUUUCUAGCAAGUACUCAUCCUCCGUACCAAUACAAAGUCUCUCUCGUAGCCCUUCCGUGGUCUCUAUAUCUAAACCGCUCACUGAUAGCAGCAGUACCACAAUUUCUCCAUCCUCAUCCCUUUCUGAUUACAACCAACUCUCCAACCAGCAGGGCGACGCGUUACUGGAGCUGUCAGUGUCACCAGUGCAAUCAACGAGUCUUACAAUUCAGGACGGAAGCCGUACCCAGUCGCCUGCUACGUCUGUAUAUUUUGCCCUCUCAGAGCAGUCGCCGAUUUCGAAACAGCAAGGAAAAGUGUCUGUACAAAUACUGUCAUCCCCAGUCAGUGCGUUCCAGUCACCUGUCGGCGCCUCUUACGCGCCUACUGAAAGUCUGACGAGCGAAUCGUUUGCCGGAGGUGUGGUGUCCGGUAACUCGCAGCCCGGCGCCGCCGUGCAGCAGGGAAGCUACGGCCUGGCAGGUCCCUCGCAACAGGUGGAUCUGGUGCAGCGAGCACAGGUGUCGGUGGAGGUGGUGCCGUCGUUGUCGACGCACCUGGGGCGUCCCGGGGUGGAAGCGGCCAGCAGCGAGGAGCCGCGGCCGUCGACGCCGUCGCCGUUCCGCCAUGCGGGCGGCCUGCGCGUCGUCGUGCCGGAGCCGGAAACGCUGUACGGCGAGCCGGUGGCCGGCCGGCCGGCCCAGCCGUCGCCCGACGUCGACCAGCCUCCCCUGCUCGUGCCGUCCAUCUCCUUCAGCUUCGACACUCCCGAAGGGCGCCAGCAGUUCGAGGCUGCCGUCGCCGCUGGCCUGCUGGAUUCGUCGAGGCGAUAACGGCGCUUUUCUAUUUUUCUUUCUUCCGCUUAUCUCCUUCACCUCCAGCUCUCCCUCGUUUGAGGCACUCUCUGUCUCACACCCAGUGACCUAUCUCCUUCAACUUUUCUAGCAAAGUCGCUGUUAUCCGCCCAAAUAACAGAUUCUUGCCGUCGGCAAUACGUAUUAGUUUUUAUCGUCCUUCCUUAUGCGUUUUGCUAAGCAAAUAUCGAGAAAGAUUCCCAAGACUGUCACCAUACAAUGAUAACAGCAAUUGUAAAUUGUAAAUUUGUAGUAAGGUUCUAAGGGACCAAACUGCUGAGGUCAUCGGUCCGUAGACUUACACACUACUGAAUCUAGCCUAAACUAACUUACGAUACCCCCAUGCCAGAGGGAGGACUCGAACCUCCGACCUGAGGAGCCGCGCGAAGCGUGACAAAUCGCCCAAGACCGCGCGGCUAAUAACAAUUACUACGAGGCUCAUUUCAAAACUAAUACCUUCCAUUUAUUUUCAUGGAAACUACGGCAGCUAUGGAAAGAACAAUAACACAGUGCAACAGUGAAGGAUAUCAGAGAUUUAAGGUCGUUUUUCUGGUUCCGUAUAUUAAUCGUUAAAAACGGAGCCCUUAUAAGAUCACCUUCUGUCCGUCUGAACUUUUUCUCAGAAACGGGUAAAGGUAUAAUUUUGAAAUGUAUGUCAAAUGCUAAGGUCUACGAUCAUUUGGCGGUGUGAAAAAUUUAAGCUACUAAGUCAAUGCAAUCAAAAGUUACAGCCAUUUACGACACAUAUUUUGACACUUUCAAAAUAACUAAUGAAGACCUACAGCGUACUUUCAGUUGACCUAGAAUCACGAAAUUUCUCAAGAGGCAAAGUUUCAUAUUAUUACUUGAAAAAAUCCUGACACUGUUAAUUAGUAAUUAUAUCAUAUAAAUUUUUUUAUUUGUUUUCCGUCUUCAUCUUAGAUAUUAGUAAACCGCUUCAGCUCUAUUUACUCGUUUAUUUUUAGAUCACUGCCGGUUUCAUGACACUAAAAGCACAUCUUCAGGUGAACAUAUAACUACAAGUAAAACUGUCCACCGGAAGAUGAGGUCUUUAGCCCUAUGAAACCUGUACUGAUCUAAAAAUAAACGAGUAAAUACAGGUGAAGCGUUUUAUUAAUAUCCAUGAUGACUACUGAUAGCUGUGGUUGUCCUACUUGCAAGGUUGUCUGUUGAUCUGUCUGCCCGUGGAGGUACCAAGUUGAAAUUUACGUCAAAUACCGAUGUCCAAGUUGCCGUCGUGGUAUAAAACAUUUAAGCUUUUGAGUCAAUACAGUCGAAAGAUAAGGACAUUUGUGUCACGUAUUUUAAUCAUAGCACAAAUCCCACUCUCACUUGUCCCGUUUUCCACAUAGUCACCACUUUUGCUAGCAAUGAAGAGAAGCCUCUACCCCGUGCUAGUAAAAACCUAAGCCAUCUGAGGAUAGCCACUGUCUUACAGCUUUAACGGCAGCCUCUGAGUCUGGAAAACGUUCUCUCCACUUUCACACGCUCAAAGAGAUGAGAGAUUGAAGGUAAUAAAUCAGGACCCUAAGGUGGAUGUCCUAGGACAUUCCAGCAAAAUAUGGCACUGCGUUCCAAGGUCGCUAAACAUUGUAGGGCCUAACGUCAUCGUGUUAUAAGCGGAAUUUUUUGUCUCAGAGCUCAUUCUUGAAAUUCGUGCUCUCAGCUAGUCGGUAUCGUCUUAUGGGAUUCUGAGUUGAAAUUGACUUUAAACUUCAAAACAUGAAAAAGAACUGCACUGUGUGUACCCCAGUAGGCGAUUGUGAGAAGAACAUGAUAAGUGUGGACCGAAAGUAAAUUUUGAAACGACUGAAUACCUUUGCAGUGGAGAAAUUGUAGGCAGCAUAAUACUAGAAGGUCAGCACAUCAACGCAAAUUAAAGAAAAUAAUAAAUAUCUGGGGAAAAACAGCAGUCCAGGAGCUAAACCCUCUGUUAUGGUCCUCUAAGAUAAGAUGGAAAGUAAAGAAGAUGCUCUAUAGAAAUACUGUAGUGCUCAUAAAAACUUAUGGAUGUGAAUCCUGAGAGUUCACUGGAAAAAAUGAAAACAAACUGAGAGUUCUAGAACUGCGUUAUAUUAGAAGAUCUUCUAGAAUAUCUCGGCAAGACCACGUAAGAAACGCAACGAUUAGGGAAAUGACCAAGACUCAAGAAAGCAUCAGAGACAUAAUAGAAGAACGGAAGCUCUUGGGGUAUGGACAUGUAAUGCGAAUGACAGAUGACGUAUGGCCAAAGAAGACCUUGAUAUACCAUCCCCACCGUAAAAAGGGAAGUGGAAGACUGAAGGAUGGCAGGUUAAAUGGGGUAAAGAUGGCCAUGAAAGAAAAAAGAGAAAUAGAAGAAGACAAAGAAACACAGGAAGAUAGAAACCGAUGGCGACAGAUUUGAGGGAUGCUGCGACAGCUGUAGAAACCCCACAGGAACUGCUUCCUUGUUGGAAAAUUUGUAUGUCGUCACUCCAAGGGCAGCCUUUGGGAUUUUGGCUUUUAUUGCUGAUACCACUUUUCGUGUCUGAUGCUGAUGGUGUUUAGAAAACUCUCACAUCCAGCCUCUUAUUGGUACACCAACAAGUCGUGGCAAAUUUCGGUUCGAUGUUUCUUUUUUCUUUUUUUAAAAAAGAAUCUACAAGGUCCAGCUCAUACAAACUUUGUGACAGCCGAUGUUGUAAGAUAUUGUCUCAGGUAUUAUAGUCGACAUUCAUCUACAUACACAAUUCAUAGGUAGUGAUUCGCCGCUCAUCACCGAUGAGUUAAUCGAAACGCUGCUUGUGAUGAAGUAUGGCAACUGAACAGAGUCGACCAGAGCACACCCUUUCCACCACUAUAGAAACGCAGUAGCCACUGCCGCACGCUACAAACGUCUACUGUAUCGUGUCCACACACCUUUAGCAAGCGCCUGCAUAUUUAAAUUGGCGCAAUUUUCUCGGCGCGAGGAAUUCAACGACACAUCUGUUUUAUAUGCACCUCGAUGGCAGCUACCACUCUGGAACGCUUCUCUGCUUCCGCCAACUGUCGCAGAGCAACGAAACGAAAAGAACGUUAGCAGGGAGAUUAAAAAAUUAGAAUUGUCGUACUCAUAACAUGACUUGGCCACUCAAGUCAACACAAAAAGCAGGAUGCGUUAGUUUCGGAAUGACCUUAGUAUUUGUUCCGUAUGGUAAAUCUAUUUUUCAUUCACAAAAGUUGCUCUCGUCUAUUGCACUACAUUAUAUGUUCUUGCCAAGAUAAGACGACGAAACUUUUUGACAAUGGUUCGUCUUCGUGAGACCUUAAGCAGGGUGCAGAGUUAUCCUUUAUUACUUCUCUUCAGAAGUUACGUUAGUGCUAUUCAUAUACAUCACAUUUGUUUACAAACAGUGUCACUAGUCUUCAUAUUCAUUUCCCAACAUUACAAGUUAGUUUGUACAACGACCCACUUUAGCAUCCCAUUAUCACUUUCGCUUAACUGUAGUGAGCCAGUGUACAGCCUUCCUUUCAGGCUGGUCUAUAUCAUCUUCCCUACAACCAGGACCAUAAUAAUGUAAUUAGUUUUUAUGUACUUGUAGCGUUUAACGUAAUCUACGUAUAGCAACGGUUGACAUGUACAACUUACUUUUACCUCUCACAGUGAAGAUGACUAACAUUCUGUUUCAUUUAUAUGCGUAGAAAAUCCAGUUCACGUCUUAACGAAUUAAUAAGAUUAUCUACGUUUGUUUUGUUCUAUUCCUACAGUGAUCUGUUAUGAAUUCAUACGCUUUUCGUUGCUGAUUUAUUUCUAAAAAUCAUUGCGUAUAUUCCUCGGCAACAAUGUGACGAAUAUUUCUCACAUGCAAUUUCAUUUCAGCAACUUUUAGUUGGAGAUAAUAACAAUCGGUGUUGAGAAUACAAUUACAUUUGAUACCAACAGUACCAAUCGUUUUUGUAGCCUUAUUUUUACAGUCAAAAUAUAUUUUAU